UGCUAACUUAAGCAACAUUCGCGUUAUAGACUCGCUAAAGACAAGAUCACACGAACAGUUAUCGCGGAUAAUUAAACAGAUAUUCUUUUAAAUUUUGCCAACGAAUUGAAAAGAUAAAAAUACCUUAAUAAAUUAACAAAUAAAUGUGCCUCUUUAAAAAAUAAUAAAAAUAAUUGUUUAUUGUUAUUGAUUUUUAAACAGCAAAAUAAAAAAAACUAUGUUUAUAACCCCUCAAAAAAAAGACGCAUACACAAAGAAGUUAAUAUUUACAAAAUAAAAAAUCAUCACAAUGCGUUCGGAUCAACCUGCUCAGCAACGUAACAAUAGCUCGGGUUCCGAAGUGUCCUUGGAAAUACCACCGAAUGCCAUCUACAAUACUUCACGUGAUUGCAUUGUCCAAGAUGGGGAUAGUGCAGAUGGUGGCAGCAACUGCUGCACCAAGACCACGGAUUGGUUAAAACAAACCUCUGCAAAUAUUUUUCGCAAGAAAACUUUGUACAAGCGUUUGCCGAUAUUGACCUGGCUGCCGAAAUAUAAUCGCAAUGAUUUUGUCGGUGAUUUAAUGGCGGGUAUAACAGUCGGCCUUACUGUUAUACCACAAGGUUUGGCCUAUGCAGGAAUUGCUGGUUUGGAUUUACAGUAUGGUUUAUAUGGCUGUUUCAUGGGUUGCUUUAUCUACAUAUUUCUGGGUUCAAGUAAAGAUGUUCCUGUUGGUCCCACCGCCAUCUCUGCUCUAUUGACAUUCCAAACUGCCCAUGGUGUUUGGCAAAAAGCUGUACUGCUAACCUUUCUCACCGGAGUUAUAGAAAUAUGCAUGGGCGUAUUUCGUUUGGGCUUUCUCAUUGACUUUGUCUCAGGGCCAGUGAGUGCGGGCUUCACCAGCGCUGGUUCUCUGAUCAUUUUUACCUCGCAACUCAAGGAUUUAUUGGGUGUCAAUACCAAGGGUGAUACUUUUGUGGAUAUGUGGAUUUCAGUCUUUAGCGAUUUACACAACAUUAGUUGGAAUGAUGCCGGUUUGGGUGUGGCCUGCAUAGUAGUGCUGCUAAGUAUGCGUGCCAUGGCCAGCAUGAGUUUUGGACCCAAGGAGGGCAAAGAGAAGACUUUCUGUCAGAAAUUUUGGUCUGGCCUAUUUUGGGUUGUGGGCACUUCGAGAAAUGCUGUUUUGAUCAUUACCACCUCAGCUAUUGGCUAUUAUUUGUUGAGCUCCGAUAUUAAUAUUUUCCGUAUGGUGGGCUAUGUGCCAGAAGGUUUGCCCAAAUUUAGUUUGCCACCUUUCUCCAUGACCACAGUGACCAAUAGUACCUCGGGUGAUAUAAUAGAGGAAUAUGAAAGUUUUGGCCAAAUGGUCAGUAGCUUGUGCUCGGGGCUUAUAGUGGUGCCUUUAAUUGCUUUGCUGGAGAACAUGGCUGUGGUGCAGGCUUUUGCCAAUGGCAAACCUUGUGAUGCUACCCAGGAAUUAAUUGCCGUUGGUGUCUGCAAUGUGGCCAAUUCGUUUGCCCAAGGCUUCCGAGGCAAUGGUGGCAUUGCUCGUGGCGCUGUCUUGAAUUCCAGUGGUGUUCGCACUCAAAUGUCCAAUAUCUAUACUGGUCUCAUUGUUAUUGUGGCUCUGUUGUAUCUGACUCCUGCCUUCUAUUACAUUCCCAAGGCAGCUUUGGCGGCUGUGAUUAUGGCAGCUGUUAUCUUUAUGAUCCAAUAUCGUGUGGUCAAACCAAUGUGGAGAAGCAAAAAAUCCGAUUUAAUUCCCGGUUUGGCCACUUUCAUUGCCUGUUUGGUCUUACCUCUGCAAUUGGGCAUUCUGGUAGGCAUUGGCAUCAACAUUGUCUUCAUUUUGUAUCAUGCAGCUCGGCCCAAGCUACGUGUGGAGACUUUAUGUACCUCCAACGACAUCAAAUACAUCAUGUUAACUCCUGAUCGUUGUCUGAUCUUCCCCUCGGUGGAAUUUGUACGCAAUGUGAUUACCAAACAUGGUCGUAAAACUACUCUACCUGUAGUCAUCGAUUGUACGCAUAUCUAUGGAGCUGAUUAUACUGCAGCCAAAGUUGUUUCGACCAUGAUCGAUGAUUUUGAAAAUCGUCAACAGAAAUUGUACUUUUACAAUCUACAGCCUCGUGUGGCCGAAGUCUUUGAGGGCAUUAACAACAAUUUGGAGGUGAUUUACGAUAUGAAUUCUUUGGAAUUGAUGUUAUCUGGCAAAGAGGAUCACACCACAUCGAAACUGUGAAAACCAAUGAUAGCUUAAAAUAGGAGACAAAUUUUAGACACAAAUUACAUUUAAGGUCAGCAACUAGAAACAUAUGAAACUUAAGGAAAUUAACAUUUUUGCAGUGCCAAUAAUUUAGUACUUAAUUUUGCUCACAAUUGUAUAACUAAUUUCCUAUGAAAUAUAUCCCCGUUGUAGUUAUAGGUACUUAUACUUCUAAGUAGUUGUGUAGUUUCUCUUGUUUUGUAAAUAUUAUUGUUUACUUUCUGUUUAUCCUUAGAUUUUGGUUAAUCGAACCGAAACCGAACUUUGUACUCGUUGUUAAUUUUAACAUUAAAAUUUAGUUCACUUACCUCCCAUGUGUGAAUCUGUGAACACACACAUGGCUUAUGUACUUGCUUAAGGCUUCGUGAAAGAUUAUUAACUAUGUACUUUGUGUGCUUCUCAGAUUUACGCAGAAAAAAAAAGUAUUAUUUUAUUGUAUAGUUUUAUAUACAUUACGAAAACUUUAUACUUAAUGAACUUAAAACUAAGUAGACGAUUAGUAUAACAAGAAUUUAAUCUCUUAGUAUAUUUUUUAACAUUUCCUAUGUAGAAAUACUAGUAGUAGUAGAAGUAAUGACAAUAUCUUGCCGUAGAAACGUAUAAAGAG